AAACCCUUAAACCCCUGCCGCCUAAUUUUUCGUUAAUAAGUGUUUGGUGUGUUACUCUGCAUUUCAUCCGGAAAACAAAGGUUUUACUCUGUGGACUGCGAGGGAUGAAGAAUAAGGCGGUCGUCCUGACAGUUGCGGAAAAGUGCAAGACCAUUUUGGCUUCAAACUGGCAAGGCCAUCUUAAUACCAUCAAAGCUGACGCUAAAGGAAGCAAGGAAGAAAUUCAUACUUCAAAGGUUAAGUACCUGUUCAAGAAGGGGAAGCCGUACAUUUGGAUACCAGAAAACGAUUUGCACAAUGUGAACACUAUAAUUGAUGAGCGUGGCUCUCUUGCCGUGACAAACCCCAUCCCAGGUCCUCUAGGAAGCUUGCUGAGAUCUGUAAAAAAGUUACCAGCUCGGGUUGCUUUGACUGGGGAUAUGGUACCUCUUAAAGAUGAAAAGGUUCAGCUUGCUACCGAAAGUUUAAGAGAAACUAUAUUGUCGGAAUGGAAAGCAGUGAGUCAUGCCAGUUAUUCAGUUUCUGGCAUAUUGAGUUCUUCCAGUCUCAGUUGUACAUCUCGAAGUGAAAACCUUCAGGAUGUACUUGAUGGAAGUGAACCAUAUGUGGUUUAUAAGUUUGACACACGAUCAUGUACUUACAUUGAUGGCAAUGCGAGCACACAUGAAGUGGAUUGGGAUGAUUUUCAAGUAUCUAAGGCUGAUGUAUUAUCACCAUUUUCUGAAAAGAUAAUUGAUGGAAUCAAUCAAAGUCAGGCGAGGCGUAGAGCACUGAUGCUUUUCUGUUUUGUAUACUUGAAUGUAAAUGCAAGGGAAGCAUUUAUGUUAUCUAUCGAUAGGAGAGGAUUUGAUGUGGUAGCUAGGGUUCCUAGCCUGAUGGCAAAAGAUGGGUUUGUUGAAUACCAAUGGAAGGAGUUCAGGUUCUCAUUCAAGGAAGAAGCACGUAAUGUAGAGGCAUUCUGCCAUCUGUUAGUUGAAAUGGAGGAGGAAGCACUCAAGAAUGUCUCAACUUACAGUGGUCUAGGAUGAAGCAGACCUGAAACUGGUUCUGAUCCAGUUAUAAACAUCCUAUUAACUCAGGAUGUUGGUCAAUCACUGGAACUUCCAACAUGUUAAGGUGCUUCACAACUUUUUUGGUUGGACCAGAGUUUUAACCUAAGAUCCUGUAAAAAUUCAUCGUUUCACUAGAUCUGAGAAGGCAGCAAGGUGUAAAAAAAUUCUUUAGGAAGGACAAAAUACAAUAGAUCUUGGCCUCCAUUUGUUUUGGCAGAAUUUUCUUUUUCCUUGGAAGAUUAAGAUGUUUACCAACUUAUAAUUCGUUGUCCUUUUUCAUAUUUUCUUUUAUUGUAUAUGAUGGGAGGCAUACUUAGACAUGGUUGAGUGAGGAAAA